AUGAAAUCGGGUGACACAGUCGUCAAAAGUGGUUACAUAUACCCUCAAUGGUUGUAAAAGCAAACCCCAGUAUUAAUGGAUACAAAUUCCACAGACCUCGAUUACCUAUAUAUAACAAUAUAUUCUUAACAAGAACUCACCGAAGAAAAUUUCUAAUUAGAAUUUGGAGAUAAGAAUUUCGCUAGUAGUACAUUCAAAAUUGAAAAAAUAACAAAAAAUGGCAAAAACAGUCGUUUAUAUUCCAUAAGAAUAAAUUAUAAAUGCAAGAACUACGGUGGUAAAUUAAUCCGUUAUAAUUUUACUAUUAAAGGAAAUUUUAAGGAAUGCGAAAAUUAAAAAACUACUAUUUAUUGGGAUCGUAUAUGUGGUGAUCCCCGUCAAAAUAGAAAAGGACUUAUUAUGGAAUAUGAUUUUGCCCAUAAAUAUAACCAAACAGUUGUCUAGGAAGGACUUUUAAAAGAUGCUUCUUAUUUUGAUUAGGAUUUGGAAAAUUUCGUCUUUAAAAUCCCAUCGAAAUUCACUUAUUCAAUUUUCUAUAUUUACAUGGUAGACACCAAAAAUGAGCUAAAUGAUAAAAAUUUCUCUGAUGAAGACUUAGAAAAAUUCGUAAAUAAUAAAGACUCAACAAAACUAGAUGUACUUUAGUCUAUUUUGGAACUUAUUCCAGUUGAAGAAAUCAGUUCUCCUUAAUUAAAUUAUGACGAAUAGAUUCUUUAACCUGUUUUGAAAGGUGAUUUGGUCAAUGGGGGAACUAUUGGAAAUGUCCGUAUAACUAUGGUGAAGAAGUAGGAUUGA